UUUGGGUUCUUCUAGAUCUCCUUCACUGCUUUUAUGGCUAGCAUACUUGCCCUAUUUCUCUUUUUCUUAUUUCUAUUUUGGAUAUGGAGGAAAACCCAAAAGAUUGCCCCUCAAAAGAUACUUCCACCAAAAGCAGGUGGAUCAUGGCCUAUAAUCGGCCACCUCCACCUAUUAGGAGGGACACAACCAACCCAUAUAACCCUAGGUGACAUGGCCGACAAGAACAGACCAAUCUUUCAUAUCAACUUGGGCAUACAUAAAACUAUAGUUGUAAGCAAUUCAAAGAUAGCUAAAGAGUGUUUCACUACCAACAACAAAACCUUUGCCAACCGUCCAAAAGCUUUGGAGGUAGAACUCAUGGGUUACAACUACGCCAUGUUCGGUUUCAGCCCAUAUGGUUCCUAUUGGCGCCAUGUUCGAAGAAUAGCCACUCAUGAGGUUCUCUCAAAUCAUUGUCUUGAGAUGUUCAAACAUAUCCACGAGUCAGAGGUAAACACGGCUAUAAAAGAGAUCUACGAGUUGUCGGCCAAGAACAACAAUUCAUUUGUUGAGAUGAGAAGAUGGUUCGGCUAUGUAGCCAUAAAUAUUUUGUUUAUGGUGCUUAUGAAUAAGCGAUUUGCUUGGGCUGUAACCAAGGUUGAGAAUGAAGGAAAUGAUCAAUGUCUAAACGCAAUAAGAGAUUUCUUUGUGUUGAGUGGGAAAUUUGUAGCAUCAGAUGUGCUUCCAUAUCUAAGAUGGUUAGACUUGGGUGGGUACGAGAAGGCAAUGAAGAAAACUGCCAAAAACUUAGAUCAUGAGCUUCAAGGAUGCCUAGAAGAACACAAGCAAAGAAGAAUUUCUGGGGAGGUAAAGAAAGGACAUCAAGACUUUAUGGAUGUGAUGUUGUCUAUUGUCAUUGACAGUGAAGAGAUUUCUAGUUAUGAAGCUGAUACAAUCAUAAAGGCUACUUGUCUGGCUCUCAUCUUAGGGGGAACAGAUACAACGAUGGUGACAAUGACAUGGGCGCUCUCUCUACUUCUUAAUAACCGAGAGGCUCUUAAGAAAGCCCAACAAGAAUUAGACCUCCAGAUUGGUAGAGAUAGGCUAGUGAUGGAAUCUGACAUGAAAAAUCUAGUCUAUCUUCAAGCUAUCAUCAAAGAAACAAUGCGUUUAUAUCCUGCUAGGCCACUUGCUGCACCACACGAGUCCCUUGAGGAUUGCACUUUGGUUGGUUACCACAUCCCGGCUGGCACCCGUCUUCUUGUUAAUGUAUCAAGGAUUCAUAGAGAUCCACAAGUGUGGUCAGAUCCAACUGUAUUCUGCCCAGAAAGAUUCCUUACGACCCACAAAGAUGUAGACUUUAAGGGCCAGCAUUUUGAGCUUAUUCCAUUCGGUAGCGGGAGGAGAGUUUGCCCAGGAAUCUCAUUUGCACAACAGGUUAUGCAACUCAUACUUGCUAACUUUUUGCAUGCCUUUGAGAUUACAACAAUACCAGCAAAUGAACAAGUAGACAUGACUGAGAAAGUCGGACUUACAUCCAUGAAAGCUACCCCACUUGAAGUCCAACUCACUCCACGCCUUCCUUCUUCAGCAUAUGCAUGAUCAUUUGAGUAUAUGUUAAAUAUCUACAAUCUUGCCAAGGGAUUUCAUAACAAUCUUCUUGCACAAGUAUUUGUCAUCUAUUAUAUUAUAUUUUCUUUCUUUGUUCUUGUUUUUAUUUUUAUUUUGGUCUGUUCGCUUGUAAGAGUACUUAUCUUAUGCAUGGAACAUUUGGGGCUUGUACGACAAUUUCAUAAUUAAAGUUGGGUAAUUUCUUUUUC